CAGAGAGCGCGCUGCCCUCGUCUCCUCGCCGCCGCCAGCCACAGCCGAGCGGCAUGGAGUCCGGCGCAGUCACCGUCAGGACAAAGAAGUUCGUCACCAACCGGCUGCUGCAGCGGAAGCAAUUUGUGUGCGAGGUGAUCCACCCCGGCCUCGCCGGCGUGUCAAAGAACGACCUGAAGGAGAAGCUCGCGAAGAUGUACAAGGUCGCCGACCCCUCGUGCGUGCUGCUCUAUGGCUUCAAGGUUGCCUUUGGUGGCGGCCGCUCGUCUGGCUUUGGCCUCAUCUAUGACAGCCUCACGGCCGCCAAGAAGUACUCGCCCAAGUACCUCCUGACGCGGUUUGGCAUGGGCAAGGCCAAGGCGACGGCCCGCAAGCAGCGGAAGGAGCGCAAGAAUCGCAUGAAGAAGGUUCGGGGUAUCAAGAAGUCCAAGGGCUCCUAGAGGAGGACUCGGCCCGGCCGCCCCGCCCCCUCGCUGCGCCCGUGUAUCCGUCCCCCGCUCCCCGCUCGCAGAGGGUCGCGCGGUUUGUCGUGUGUCUCGGGAGCUAUCCAAAUUUACGUACCAUUGCAAGGUACGCACACAAA